AUGAAACAAUCUCACCAGUCAAGGCGUCAAGACACGGUGCAACUUUUAUUGAGUAAAAAUGCAGAUAUAAAUUUGUGUAUGAAAAACGGAGCCAGUCCUCUCCUUAUAGCUUCUCAAAAUGGUCACGAUAACAUUGUACAACUUUUGCUGAAAAAUGGAGCAAACAUUGACAUCUCUAUGGAAGAUGGAGCCAGUCCUCUUUUCGUUGCUUGUCGAAUGGGACAUGAAAACAUCGUACAACUUUUACUAAGUAAUGGUGCUGACAUUAAUUUAUGUUUGAAAGAUGGAACUAGUCCUCUGCACGUUGCUUGUCGAGAAGGACACUUUGAAAUUGUUGAACUUUUACUAAAAAAAGGAGCAGGUAUUGAUGAUUGUACAAAAGACGGAGCAAGUCCUAUAUCCGUUGCUUGUCGGAAGGGACGCAAAAAGAUCGUUCAACUUUUAUUAAGUAAUGGUGCUGACAUUAAUUUAUGUUUGAAAGAUGGAACUAGUCCUCUGCACGUUGCUUGUCGAGAAGGACACGUUGAAAUUGUUGAACUUUUACUAAAAAAAGGAGCAGGUAUUGAUGAUUGUACAAAAGACGGAGCAAGUCUUGUAUACGUUGCUUGUCAGAAGGGACGCAAAAACAUCGUUCAACUUUUACUAAGUAAUGGUGCUGACAUUAAUUUAUGUUUGAAAGAUGGAACUAGUCCUCUGCACGUUGCUUGUCGAGAAGGACACUUUGAAAUUGUUGAACUUUUACUAAAAAAAGGAGCAUGUAUUGAUGAUUGUACAAAAGACGGAGCAAGUCCUAUAUCCGUUGCUUGUCGGAAGGGACGCAAAAACAUCGUUCAACUUUUAUUAAGUAAUGGUGCUGACAUUAAUUUAUGUUUGAAAGAUGGAACUAGUCCUCUGCACGUUGCUUGUCGAGAAGGACACGUUGAAAUUGUUGAACUUUUACUAAAAAAAGGAGCAGGUAUUGAUGAUUGUACAAAAGACGGAGCAAGUCCUAUAUACGUUGCUUGUCAGAAGGGACGCAAAAACAUCGUUCAACUUUUACUAAGUAAUGGUGCUGACAUUAAUUUAUGUUUGAAAGAUGGAACUAGUCCUCUGCACGUUGCUUGUCGAGAAGGACACUUUGAAAUUGUUGAACUUUUACUAAAAAAAGGAGCAGGUAUUGAUGAUUGUACAAAAGACGGAGCAAGUCCUAUAUCCGUUGCUUGUCGGAAGGGACGCAAAAACAUCGUUCAACUUUUAUUAAGUAAUGGUGCUGACAUUAAUUUAUGUUUGAAAGAUGGAACUAGUCCUCUGCACGUUGCUUGUCGAGAAGGACACGUUGAAAUUGUUGAACUUUUACUAAAAAAAGGAGCAGGUAUUGAUGAUUGUACAAAAGACGGAGCAAGUCCUAUAUCCGUUGCUUGUCGGAAGGGACGCAAAAACAUCGUUCAACUUUUAUUAAGUAAUGGUGCUGACAUUAAUUUAUGUUUGAAAGAUGGAACUAGUCAUCUGCACGUUGCUUGUCGAGAAGGACACAUUGAAAUUGUUGAACUUUUACUAAAAAAAGGAGCAGGUAUUGAUGAUUGUACAAAAGACGGAGCAAGUCCUAUAUACGUUGCUUGUCAGAAGGGACGCAAAAACAUCGUUCAACUUUUACUAAGUAAUGGUGCUGACAUUAAUUUAUGUUUGAAAGAUGGAACUAGUCCUCUGCACGUUGCUUGUCGAGAAGGACACUUUGAAAUUGUUGAACUUUUACUAAAAAAAGGAGCAGGUAUUGAUGAUUGUACAAAAGACGGAGCAAGUCCUAUAUACGUUGCUUGUCAGAAGGGACGCAAAAACAUCGUUCAACUUUUACUAAGUAAUGGUGCUGACAUUAAUUUAUGUUUGAAAGAUGGAACUAGUCCUCUACACGUUGCUUGUCGAGAAGGACACUUUGAAAUUGUUGAACUUUUACUAAAAAAAGGAGCAGGUGUCCUUAGAAAACAAGUAACAGAAGACCCCGAUGCUGCUCCAAACCGAGAGGACAACGAUAAGGGACAACCUCUGAUCAAAACGCUCCACAGCAAUACAGAGAAAAUCAACAUUACAGAGGAACACAAUACAGAGGAACAUACAAUGGACAACAACAAAGAAAGUCAAACACGUAUCAAUCAUCAGCUGACAGCAACCAGUUCCAACAACAGCAAAGAGGACCAACUGCAGACAGAAACAGGGGAGAGAUCAUCUGUCGUCGAUGUAGACAACCUGGACACAUAG